AUGGCAACGGCUGCCGACUUUCACCCAUCAGAGCUUCUCGAGCUCAAUGUCUUCGUCACACACCAUGUCGAAGAUGUGCGAGACCAACAUGGCCUCGCAUCAUUCAGGCAGCCCGGUCCGUCCGACGCGAAGCAAAGCACUGCGGUUCGAGCAUCGUCAUCGACCUCGACGCUCCCUCACAUAGGCCCUGCAGCCUUCACUGCCAGUCGGGCGGAACAUCAAAUGACCUUCCGCCAGGGGAUGCGCAAGUACCCAAAAGCAAUUGCCUGGGCUGUCGGAAUCUCGCUUGCCAUCAUCAUGGAAGGCUAUGAUACAGCACUUGUCACGAGCCUGUAUGCAUUCGACACAUUUCAAAAGACGUAUGGUGUGCCAGAUGGUGCAGGCCAGUAUCAGAUCAGUCCCAAAUGGCAGGCUUCCAUCAGCAACGGAGCGGUCGUUAGUUCUAUUUUUGGCCUCUUCGCCAAUGGCAUUCUGACUGACCGAUUCGGGUACCGCAAAACGAUGGGAGGCGCUUUGUUAGUAUUGGGCCUGUUUUUGUUCCUGCCUUUCUUCGCAUUCAACAUCCAGACCUUGCUUGCUGGACAGAUUCUGUGCGGGCUUCCGUGGGGCGUCUUCUCGACUCUGACAACGACGUACGCUGCGGAAGUGAUGCCUCUCAACCUUCGAGGAUAUGUGACGAGCAACAUCAAUCUCUGCUGGCUACUGGGUCAGCUUUGUGCGCUAGGCGUGGUUCGGGGUGUGGGAAACGUUCAAUCGUCCUGGAGCUUUCGCACUCCAUUUGGCCUCCAAUGGUUCUGGAUACUGCUUCUGCUCGUCAUCACCUGGUAUGCGCCAGAAUCUCCAUGGUCACUGGUUCGGCGCCUGCGACCAGAAGAUGCCAGGAAAGCACUUCACCGACUUGCCAAUGGCGUGCCUGACAGCGAGAUCGACAACAUCGUAGCAAUGAUGGAGCACACCGAGCAUGUCGAAGACCUUGCGGCGCGGAAACUCAAUCAGCACCAUCGAGUCGACAUUGAAUUGAACCGCGAGUCUGCCCGGAUCGAGCAAAUGUCUACCAAUGCCCGAGUCGGCGGGUUUGUCGCACAAGUCCCGUACGCCGCUUGCUUCCGUGGCUCGAAUCUGCGCCGCACUGAGAUUGCCUGUAUGGUGUUCAUGACGCAGAAUAUGAGUGGCCUUCCGAUCAUCGGCUACGCUCCGUACUUAUUCCGGCGACUUAACUUCUCCCAAGAACACAGCUUCGACAUAACUCUAGGCAUGCAGGGUCUUGCCAUUCUCGGUGCCUUUGUGUCCUUGCUCCUCCUCAAAUACGUUCAGCGCCGCCGACUGCUAUACUUGAUUGGCUUGGCUUGCUGCUUCGUGCUGCUGAGCAUUGCUGGCAUUGUCAGCUGCCUCCCGGAGUCACAGGCGACAUUAUGGACGGUGGUGAGCUUAAUAUUGCUUUUCAUAUUCGUUUUCGAUGCAACAAUUGGUCCGCUUACCUAUGCUAUCAUACCGGAGCUGCCAUCUAACCGACUACGUGUCAAGACAGUAGUAUUGGCGCGCGUGGCUUACAGCGUCAACUCCAUUGUCACUAACGUCCUGAUUCAGCGAAUGUUGAAUCCAUUGGCAUUUAAUUGGCGGGGAAAGGCCUGCUUCUUCUGCGCAGGCAUGAACGCUGUCUGCUGGGUCUAUUGUUGGUUCAGGCUGCCGGAAAUUAGAGGCCUCAAUACUCAUGAACUUGAUGUCCUUUUCGAGAAAAAGGCGAGCGCCAGGAAAUUCCGUACGUUCGAAGAGAUGCUGAGAAAGAGCGGAUACUAUAGCGUGACGAUGACGCCGUCAUAG